UAGAAAGUUAAUUAAGAAAAAAUUAAGGGGGGAGCAAAUCUGGAAACAGAAAAAUCAGGAGUGGCGAUAGUAAAAGUUUAUUUUUGGAUUUUUGAACUCUGCCCCUCACCCCGCUCUCACGCUCCCCUCCUCCGUAUAUAUACCCACACACACUCACACACAGUUCACACUCACACUCUCUCACUCUAAAAACACACUUUAUCUACACACACACACCACCGCUGUUGUAUCUAUACAUUUCGUCGGAUGAGCGAUCUGCGUGAAUCGAGGUGCUAGAGCUGCCAUGGGAGCUCUGUAAUCGCAGCAUCAGCUGAACUCCUCCGAUUUUAUCUGCAGUGGGAGGUUUUUUGGUGCCAGAGAAUUUCAUGCUGCAGUUCUUGGAGUAUAUGGAAUUAUGAACGCGUGUUGAUUCGGUUCCAGAAGCUGUUGUCCGAUGAAGCAUGCAGUUAUGAACAACGAGAAUAGGUCAUCUAACAUUGGGGAGCCCACUGUGCGAAUUACACGAGCACGGGCAAAAGCCUUGGGCUCUUCAAGUGGAUUACCACCUUUGCAUCCUUCGGCAAAACAAAAUGCCAGACAUGUCUUGGGAGGAAACUUGAAAAGAGCCGCAUCAGAUAACAAUAAUCUGGCCGAAAAUUCAGCUGCGUGUCCUCAGCCCAAGAAAAGGGCUGUUCUCAAGGAUGUAACUAAUAUAAAAUGUGAUAAUUUGUACAUAAACUGCAUCAAUGCAGCCAGAGGUCAGAUUGUUGGUUGUCAGCCUAGAAAAGGCUCCUUACAGAAAAAAGAAAAGGUGGCUCCUGCUCGAUUUGUUCAAAAUUCUAAGGUUCCAGGAGAUAGAAGAGCAGACUUAGUAGGUGAAAUGAAAAAAAUAGAGGUGGAGGAAAUCCAAGAAGUAAGCCCCGCAGCGAAUUUGACCAUUGAACCAACCAAAGUCAAUGCAAGAUACAUGGGAACAGCCGUUCGGAGUUCUACGGAGGCGGAUUCCAGUGUUCCAAUGAUAAGUCCAUCAGAUAGAGAAGAUGGCAUGCUUCGCGUGAAACGGGAAAACUUGGAUGAUAGAGGCAUUACAGAUAUAGAUUCAAAACACAAGGAUCCGCUGAUGUGUAGCCUGUACGCAGACGAUAUAUAUUCUAAUUUGUAUGCAAGACAGGUUGACCGGAGACCUGUAGCUGAUUAUAUGGAAAAGCUGCAGCGUGACAUCACACAUGGCAUGCGGGGUAUUCUGAUUGAUUGGCUUGUGGAGGUUUCUGAAGAAUAUAGGCUGGUGCCUGAUACACUAUACUUGACUGUAAAUCUCAUAGACAGAUUCCUAUCCGAGAAUUACAUUGAGAAGCAAAAGUUGCAACUUCUUGGUGUAACCUGCAUGCUAAUUGCUUCGAAAUACGAAGAAAUUUGCGCACCUCGUGUGGAAGAAUUUUGCUUUAUCACGGAUAACACUUACACGAAAGAAGAGGUGGUGCAAAUGGAGAGUCGUAUUUUGAACUAUAUAGAAUUUCAAGUGUCAGUUCCCACCACAAAGAAGUUCCUUAGGAGGUUCAUUCAAGCAGCACAAGUUUCUUAUAAGGUCCCAUCGGUUGAGCUGGAAUUCUUGGCAAACUAUUUAGCAGAACUAAGUCUAACUAACUACAGUUUCCUAAAGUUUCUCCCAUCCUUAAUUGCUGCCUCUGCUGUAUUUCUUGCCAGAUGGACACUUGACCAGUCAGACCAUCCAUGGAAUCCAACACUAGAGCACUACACCAGGCACAAGUUUUCAGAGCUAAAAACCGCCGUUUUAGAGUUGCAAGAAUUACAGCAAAACACAACCAAGUGCAUGGUUAAUGCCAUCCGUGAAAAGUACAAGCAAUCUAAGUUCAAGCGUGUUUCGGAUCUGCGUUCGUCAAAACCUGUCGAGGCACUAUUCUAAGCGUUUAACAAAGACCCUUCUUACAGAGUGAUGAGAUAUUUAUUGCAGCUACAAACUGACUUUCUUCUAGAAUAUUGGAGGCGAAAAACGGGUAAAUAGUCGGAGACUAAUGGAAGCAAAAUCCUCAUUCUUUAUUCAUACACCUCGCAAGAAAAAAACCCCUUACCAUUGUUGUACUGUUGUAAUCAGUUUCGGUGCUCCCAUAACAAGUUGUAAAAAGGCAAGAAGGAUAGGUGCUACUACUUAUUUACGAACAUGAAAUGCCUUUUUUGAUAAAGCAUUUUCCUUUCGGGUAACUGUAUGAAGUUGUGGCAAGUUAUUUGUCAUUUGACAGCAGCUAACUUCUUGCUGGCUGGUAAUUAUUCAAGAAAUGAACUCAGCUAUUGUAUCAAUGAAAAUCAUUAAUGCUUGACAAUUUGA